UCCUAGGACGUGUUUACAAGCUGUAUGGAGCUAAAUAUGAAGGAGCGUAACAGAAUCACUGGCUUGCUAUUAUCGAAAGAAAGCUUUUAAUCGAUAUACCUCUGUUUAUUUCCUAUAAUCGCACCUAUGUACAGACUGCUGUCGUGGUCUUUAGUAAAAGUCCGCGCUUUUUUUGGUGUAAAUUAGUCUUGCUUGGUGAGCUAGCUAGCGUUAGCUAGUUAGUUUCCUGUGCUAGUUAGCGAGCGGCGAAGCGAAUUUUACAAAACUUUCUUUUUCCUAAGGCGAAGUGAUGUGAGAUCCAUACCGGUUAGGAUGUACACCUUACUGUCGGGUCUUUACAAGUACAUGUUUCAGAAGGACGAGUACUGCAUUUUGAUUCUUGGACUUGAUAAUGCAGGCAAAACGACAUUCCUGGAGCAGACAAAAACAAAAUUCAGCAAGAACUAUAAAGGAAUGAGCCUUUCCAAAAUCACAACCACUGUCGGAUUGAACAUUGGCACCAUUGAUGUGGGUAAAGCACGCCUGAUGUUCUGGGAUCUUGGAGGACAAGAAGAAUUGCAGUCUUUAUGGGACAAAUACUAUGCAGAAUCUCAUGGUGUUAUCUAUGUUAUUGACUCCACUGAUGAAGAGCGAUUGACUGAGUCAAAGAAUGCAUUUGAGAAGAUGAUUAGUAGUGAAGCUCUUGAAAGUGUUCCUCUUCUUGUGCUUGCAAAUAAGCAAGAUGUAGAGAAUUGUCUGUCUGUACCAGACAUUAAGACAGCGUUUAGUGACUGUGCCCCCAAAAUCGGCAAACGGGACUGCCUGGUCCAGCCUUGCACUGCUCUAACAGGUCAGGGGGUGAACGAAGGAAUUGAGUGGAUGGUGAAGUGCGUGGUCCGGAACAUACAUCGUCCACCUCGACAAAAGGACAUCACAUAGACCCCCAGUUCAGAGGCUUUAGAUGUGUGUAUGUGUGAUGUGAAUGUGUGAGAGAUUCAGUAAAAUCAGUCCGGAGGUUGUUCAGGUGAAUCUUAUUACAGUGCUUGCAUUUGCACCAGCCAUUUGAACUGGACUGUCAUGUAGGUUGUUACUACACAUUAAAGGAGUGACAGUUUACUUAGUGAGAAGUAUGCUGUGGUGUAGAAACUCAUGUUGGUGCAAACUUCAUCAGCAGACCUCUGAGGUUUGAUCUUUGUGUAUUUAAUAGGCUCUUUUUUAGUGGGAGUGAAUGCAUAUAAAUAUUUUUUUCUGCUCCUUAACACUAAAUAAAAUUUGUUUUUGUUUUUUUCUUCUCCUCUCAAAUUCCGAAUCCUUGAUGAUUAAUGUCAUUUUAAGUGUUAUUUCUUUAUUUUUCAGCCCUCAAAUUUAUCAGAUUUUUAAUGACUUAUUGACAUUCUGUAAUAAACAAUGAAGUGGGAAACCUC